AAAAAUUACAUCGGCAUACGUAGGUAGAGGUGUAAUCCGUUCAAAUUCGGAUGAAUAUUCUUCAAUCCUUAUCCCAACUCACAUACAGAUUGAACGAAUUACACAAGAAAAAUCCGGAUUAUACGGAUUACAAGAAAAUCCGGAUUUUGAACGAUAUUCGGAUUGCAGAUCAACAGACCACAUCUCUAUAC